GACUCUUUGCAAACAAUACUUCAGAUUGUUUUCUCUUUCAUCGCAACAUCGGAACACUAUACGAUGGCAAAUGAAGCCAAGCCGUGCCCCUGUCAUGUUGGGGAUCUGAUGGAGUACGGGGGGCUCGGCCAGGAGGUCCAGAUCGAGCACAUCAAAGCUUAUGUAGUGAAACCAUCCGCCGCAUCUGACAAGGCCAUCAUCGUCAUACAGGACAUCUUUGGGUGGCAGCUUCCCAACACCAGAUACAUGGCUGACAUGCUGGCUGCUAACGGAUACAUCGCUGUUUGUCCAGACCUCUUUGUUGGGAAGGAUCCGUGGAGUCCGUCACGUGACUGGUCCCAUUUCCAGGAGUGGCUGGAAGACAAAAAGCCAACGAACAUAAACAAAGAGGUGGAUGCAGUGCUGAGGUACCUGAAGGAGCAGUGUGGAGCCAAAAACAUGGGAGCUGUGGGCUUCUGCUGGGGAGGAGUUUGCACACAUUACAUCGCCCUGCAGUAUCCAGAGGUCAGAGCAGCAGUGUCCGUCUAUGGGAUCGUCCAUGAGAGAGAGGACCGGUACGAGCUGAAGGGUCCGACACUGUUCAUCUUCGGGGAGAAAGAUGAGGUCAUCCCUCUGGACCAGGUGAGUGUCCUUGAAGCAAAGCUGAAGGAGAAAUGCACGGUGGAUUACCAGGUGAAGAUCUUUCCUGGUCAGACUCAUGGGUUUGUUCACCGCAAGAGAGAGGACAUCAACCCCACGGACAAACCCCACAUCCUGGAGGCCAGAGCGGAUCUGCUCAACUGGCUCAACAAGUACGUGUAAAGGUCUGAAGAGCCAACACAGGGAGUGUCUACAUCUGCCAGAUCAAAUUUCUAUAGGCAGCAAGAAAACCUGAAAAGGUCAAAGGUCAAAUGUAGAGGUGCCAUUUACAGCAGUGGACGGUGUUUGUCAUAACUUUUGUUCGAUUGUUGACAAUCUUCUAAAUGUUUCUGCGAAUUAAAAGUGAACAUUAACUGUGAAGAUAUUUAAUACAUUGGCAUAUUAGGGCCAUUGCAGGCAGUAAAACAGUUAAGUACGGAGCCAGUGAAGGGGCUGAUAUUGUGAGAAACGCAGAACUUCCAUGAUUGAAGUACAUUUUUAAGAAAAACAUGCAAAUAUUCUUUGAGAUGAUAAAAAGGCAUACAUUUGAGAGAAACCCCCGGAAAAAUCUUUCAUCGCUUCACUUUGCAAAGUUAAUGCCGUGCAUUCUGCCUGCAGUGGAUGACCUAAUCCAAUCUGAUUCAGCAAUAAUGAAAUACUUGAUUUCAGCCCAGAAUCAGAUGAUCAAACAUCCAGACUUUGAAGAAAACUGAUUUAGAUGGUGAUCAGGAGCUACAACACAAUGGACAGAUAUUUCCAUGUUCAAUAACACUCAUUUCAUAAUCUGAGAAUAUUCCAAAUUGUGUUUUUUUUAAUGCAAGAUUAAGUUAUUUCUUUACAUUUACGUUAAUCUACAAUGGUCAUAACAAUUGUGCUCAAUUAAAAUACUUGCCGUGUGCAAAAUAAUUAUGAAUGCAGUAUUUCUCAAUGUGAGAAUGAAAGCAAUAAAUAUAAUAUAGAUUUAACUUUCCAUGUGUCAACUUUGUGUUCAUUAAGACAUGUAAUGCACACUUUACAUGGAAUACACAAAUCUUUUA